AUGUGGCUGGCCAUGCUGCUCACCUUGGCCCCCCUCCUGCUGCUCGGCCUGAGGCCCCUGCCUGGCGCGGGGCUGCUGCUGCUGCCGCCCAGCCUGGACCCCGCCGUGCAGGCGCUGUGGACUCUCCUGUCGCGGAGCGCCGAAGGCUCUCUGCCCCGGGGCGCCGUGGAGGACCUGUUAAAUAUCGCGGCGGCUCGUGUGCAGUGCCCAGCAGGGCCGUGUGGAAAGUGCAUCUCUGCUCCGGAGAUCUUUGAACUCGCAGGGAAGAAAACGCCUGGUGAUGCCAACCUCACAUCCUCAGAGCUGCUGCACUUCUCUGUCGGCCUGGUGUUCUACCUCACUGAUCCUAUGGCAGCCUGCCAGGCAGUGACAGCGGGACAUUGGGUGGAGAAGGCCCGGGCUUUCCAGGCCAAAUUCUCAGAGGGGAACUCUGCAGGAGGACCCACGGAGGAGAAAGUAGCUGAACUGAUGGCAGCCAUCCAAAGAAACAUCAAGGGUAGUGAGGGAGAGGAGUCCUGCGCAGGAGUGGCCCAGAUCCUGGAGAACAGCACCUUGAUCUCCAGGCGAGUAGCACCUGAACCAGCUGGGCAGGUGCUCGCAGCCCUGGCCUACCAUGUGCUGAAGGGGAGCUGCUUCCAUGCUCUCCCUCCUGAGCACUACUUUGUGGACUACAUCUUUCACCGCUACAGCAAUGAGUCUCACAACCUCACACUGGAAGCCUUGAACAGUCUAAUGGAGCGGUUGGAGAUCGGCCCUGAGGCAUUGCAGAAAGGACACGACCACGGUGACCAUGCCCAUGAGCACAGCCACGACAGCCAUGCACACGAUGACCACCACGACCACCCACAUGACCACGCGCAUGACCACGGCCAUGGUGACUCUGAGGAUCACUCGGACCAUCACCACGGCAAUGAAACAACAGACCAUCACCACGGCAACGAAACAACGGACCAUCACCAUGGCAACGAAACAGAUCACCACCACCACGAUGAUGAUGAAAUGGACCACCAUGGCAACAAAACGGUCCGCCGAAGGAGAGGCCUCCCUGUCCCGAAAGAACCGGACGUCGUCCCCCGUGAAGUCUGGGAUACGGUCUGCCUCAGCCCUAACGACCUCUUUGAGAUUUACGGCGUUGACGCUGGCGUAGGAAUCUCCCGUCCAGAUUUCACCCGCCUGAGUCCAGCUCUGGUGCAGCAACGGCUCAGCAAGGCCUGCACCAGCACCCCUGGCAGCCCCCAUACCGACGGGCAACUCACCACGGCAGAGAAGUAUAUCUACGGCUCGCUCGCCACGCUGGUGAUUUGCCUGUGUGCGCUUUUUGGGAUCGUGGUUCUCCUGUGCACGGCUUGCAUCAGUGCCUACCAGUAUGUGAUCCAACUCUUCGUCAGCCUGGCUGUGGGAUCCCUCACUGGGGACGCCAUGUUGCACCUCAUCCCCACGUUCUUGGGCCUGCAUUCCCAUGGCGAGGGUCACGCGCACGACUCCCAUGGAGCCGAGGGUCAAGACGUCCUGUGGAAGCUCCUGGCUGUGCUGGGCGGGAUCUACCUCUUCUUCCUCCUGGAGAAGUUCUUCAUCCUCUUGGGGCACUCGGACUGCGAGGAGGAAUCUGAGUCCAGCAAGGGGCACCAGUGUGACCACGGCCUGUCUCUGCAGCUAUACCAAGACGAGAUGAAGAGGCGGAAGCAAGAGAAAGGCGCUUCCAACGCUGACCUGGUGGCAACGGAAGAGGCCGAUUUCAGCCCGGUGCAGAAGAAGAAGCCCAGUCGGGAGCUCCGCAUGCUGCCGUACAUGAUCACCAUCGGAGACGCCAUCCACAACUUUGCCGAUGGGCUGGCCAUUGGCGCCGCCUUCUCCUCCUCCUGGAAGACAGGGCUGGCCACCUCGCUGGCGGUCUUGUGCCACGAACUGCCCCAUGAGCUAGGAGACUUUGCUGCGCUGCUGCACGCGGGGCUGAGCGUCAAGCGGGCGUUGCUGCUGAACUUUGUGAGCGCCCUCACGGCCUUCAUCGGCCUCUACAUUGCACUCUCUGUGAGCACUGGAGAGGAGUUUGAAGCGUGGAUCUUUACCGUGGCCACGGGCCUUUUCCUUUACGUGGCACUGUGUGAUAUGCUCCCGGCCUUGAUGAACGCGAAGGACAAGCGACCUUGGCUGCUCUUUGGCCUGCAGAACGUGGGCUUGUUGUCCGGCUGGGCCAUCCUGCUUCUGCUCUCGCUCUUUGAGGAGAAGAUCAAUGUCUGAGCAGACCGCUCUUGCCUGGACAGGGGUCGGCACCUCUUGCUGACCCGGGAGGCAGCAGAGCCUCUUGUGACCCGCCUGUGGGCAUGAUGGCAAGGUCCAGAAUGUGCUUUACCAGAGACUGGAGAAAAGGGGUGCAGCACCAGGAGAGGCAGAUUCAGACUCCGGGAUCAGCCUCUGAACCAGACCUCGGGGCGUCCAGAGAAGCCUGGGGUGGCAGGCAGACACCCUUGUACACAGCACGUCCAUACCGCCUCUUCCCCCAUUUCUAUUUAUUGUAUUUAUUAUGGCUCUUCUCACACACGUCGUCGUCAUCGUCCCCCCACUCCUGGAAGCCUAGGACACCUGUGCACUUCACCAACCCUCGCCUCCUUGCAGACACCCAUUUCUGCUCCUGGGCAGUCCAGGUCAGUUCAAUUCCUCACCAAGCAGAAUCUAGAAGGCAGUUAGUGGUUUCCAGGUGUGGCGGCCUCUGACCUUCGCCCUCUAGGACCUGCUUUUCCAAGAGAAUAUUGCUCGAGAAGCCCCCUUCCCACACCCUGGGAUCAGGCCCGCAGACUCACAAAAGACUCCCACGUACUUAUAUUUGUUCCUUAGUAGUUCUUAAGCCAACACCUGCUGAGGAGGGGGCAAUUAGAACAACCUUCCUCGACCUGGUACCCUCCAGAUAUGUCGGACUGCAACUCCCAGCAUUCUCCAGCCAGCACGGCCAUUGCCCGUACUUCUUCACACAGAGCAUAGUUAAAUUAUGGAACUCACUACCACAAGAUGUGGUGAUGGCCACCAAUCUGGAUGGCUUCAAAAGGGGGUUGGAUAAAUUCCUGCAGGAGAAGGCUAUCAGUGGCUGCUAGCCCUGAUGGUUGUGUGCUAUCUCCAGUAUUUGAGGCAGUAAGCCUGUGUACAUCAGUUGCUGGGGAACAUGGGUGGGAGGGUGCUGCUGCACCAUGUCCUGCUUGUGGGUCCCUGGUUGGCCAGUGUGUGAACAGAGUGCUGGACUAGAUGGACCCUUGGUCUGAUCCAGCUUCUGGGCUCUUCUGAUGUUCUUAUGUUCUUACCCCACUACUAUUCAUAAUGGGCAGUAGAGUGGGGCGGACCCAUGGUUAAUUUAGACAGCUUCCUACAUCCAGCUUACUGAUGCAAUCCAUUGCAUUUGAGAAAUUGGCCCCACCAUGUAUUGCAACUUCAUCAGCAGAAGGUGGAUUCCUGAACUGAGCAGGGGGUUGGACUCGAUGGCCUUGUAGGCCCCUUCCAACUCUGCUAUUCUACGAUUCUAUGAAUCCGUGGCCAGUUUCUGCUGCAUCUCUAAUCACCCUAGAAGCUGCACCUAUUGAUUCGAAGGUCUCUUUCCCCCCUCCAAAUGCCAGGUGUCUGGAACUCGGCUGUGGAUAUUCUUUAGUAAAGGAAACACACUCUGUAUAUGCUCCACGGCACUCUAAUACUCCUUCAUUGGUGCUUUAAAAGGAAUCUGUUCUGUGGCCUUGAACCCAAUGAUGCCCCACCAAAGCUCCAAAUAAUUUAUCCAGGAGCUUCUGCUUCUCUCUGCACGUGGGAUCCUUUCUCCAGAGAAACACAAGCUGCUUUCCAAACCCAGAUCUCUCUCUCACCCACCUGCGCUGUGUCAAGCGCCAGGACAGUCAUACACACAGGGCAGACUGAUGGGUAUAGGUAGAAGGUCCUGUGUCUCCUUUGUGUGGGAUCUGUUGCAUCAUGCCUCAUCAGUGGGAAA